CGGAUCAUGCAUGUGCAGGAUUUUUUUGGGUCGGACGCUCAGCGAACAAGCGCUGUCGCUCAGAAACAUCACCCUGCACCAGCCUCGCUGGGCCGAGUACACAAAAGAAGAUGGCGCCGGUGCCAAGAAGCCUCUCUCUUCUUCCAACUAUUCCCUUCCUCUGCAUCUUUUCCACCUCUUCUUACUUUAACCCCCAGAAUAACGACACCCUUUUUCUUUUGCGCGCAGCCCAAAGUUUGUGCUCAAGCUGGAAUUACCUA